CAGUCCCCGCGACCACCUGACCGGCUCCGGCUCCAGCGUGCAGUGUGCAGCACACGGUCCACUCUGGCCAGCGGGUGUGGCUGCAGGAAACUCCCUCCUCCCCACUCCAGCCACCUCACCCCUGCGGCCCUGUGGCCAGACAAUGGGAUACCUGUUCCCUCUCCCCGCAGGGUGUGCCCUCCUGGCCUCUCCCCAGCCCUCCACAAGGCCCAUGGCCCGUCCUGGGCAUCCUUUGGGACUCACCCUGGGGACUCCGUGCUCGCUUUGGGCCAAAGCCCUGGCUCCCACCAUGAGCGCCGAGCUCAACGUGCCUGUGGACCCCUCCACUCCCGCCUGCUCUGAACCCGGCCACAAGGGCAUGGAUUACCGAGACUGGGUCCGCCGCAGCUACCUGGAGCUGGUCACGUCCAACCACCACUCCGUGCAGGCCCUGUCCUGGAGAAAGCUGUACCUGAGCAGAGCCAAGCUGAAGGCCUCCAGCCGGACCUCUGCCCUCCUCUCGGGCUUUGCCAUGGUGGCCAUGGUGGAGGUGCAGCUGGAGACGCAGUACCAGUACCCGCGGCCGCUGCUCAUCGCCUUCAGCGCCUGCACCACGGUGCUCGUGGCCGUGCACCUGUUCGCCCUGCUCAUCAGCACGUGCAUCCUGCCCAACGUGGAGGCCGUGAGCAACAUCCACAACCUGAACUCCAUCAGCGAGUCCCCGCACGAGCGCAUGCACCCCUACAUCGAGCUGGCCUGGGGCUUCUCCACCGUCCUGGGCAUCCUGCUCUUCCUGGCCGAGGUCGUGCUGCUCUGCUGGAUCAAGUUCCUGCCCGUGGACGCGCGCCGCCAGCCCGGCCCCCCGCCCGGCCCCGGCGGCCACACGGGCUGGCAGGCCGCCCUCGUGUCCACCAUCAUCAUGGUGCCCGUGGGCCUCAUCUUCGUGGUCUUCACCCUCCACUUCUACCGCUCCCUGGUGCGCCACAAAACCGAGCGGCACAACCGCGAGAUUGAAGAGCUGCACAAGCUCAAGGUGCAGCUGGACGGGCACGAGCGCAGCCUGCAGGCGGUGUGAGCUGCGCCCCUGCCCCACCCCCGGCCCAGGCCCAGGCCCGG